CCAAGUUGGACCUGAACCGGUUCGGUACAACCCGCAGGCCUAGACUAUCGUGUAUAGUAGGAGGAAUUGGAAUCUGUUUCUUCCAUCACCGUUGGGUAAAUCAGGCGAAUCAUGCUCCGCCGCCUGAUUCUCCGGCAAGUUUCCGCCGCCGCCGCGGAAUCGAAGUUAGGUCGUCGAAUUCACGGAUGCGAUCAGCGAAGAGGGAUACACAGCAGGAACAAGAAGGCGAUGGAGUACGUAGCGAAAGGAUGGAGCGCGAUUAAGGAAGUGGAUAGAGUCAUUGACUACUGUGAACUCAAUGAUCGACGCCUUAUCCCUCUCCUCAGGGGAGCUAAAGAGAACUUUGAGCUUGCUCUUGAGGCUGAUAAUCUCAACACUCAUGCUAGAUUUUGGCUUUCUAAGUUGCACUUGAAGUAUCAUGUUCCUGGUGCCUGUAAAGCUAUUGGAGCUGCUUUGCUUGUCGAGGCAGCAGACAUGGGUAAUGCAGAUGCUCAGUAUGAGCUGGGUUGUCGUUUAAGAGUCGAGAAUGAUCAUGUCCAGUCAGAUCAGCAAGCCUUUCAUUAUAUAGAGAAUGCUGUUGAUCAGCUGCAUCCAGGUGCCCUUUACCUUUUAGGGAUAGUGUAUCUGACAGGAGACUGUGUGAAGCAAGAUAUGGAUUCUGCUGUCUGGUGUUUCCACAGGGCUUCAGAGAAGGGACAUGCCGGUGCUGCUAUAGCGUAUGGAUCUCUUUUACUUAGAGGUGUGCAAGUCCCGGAAUCUCUAACAAGAAUGAACGCGGUGGGAGUUCCGCCGCCCAAGAGAUCCAGAGAAAACAUGGAUAUGAAUCCGUUAGAGUUGGCCAAAGAGCAGUUCCAAGUCGCUGCGAGAGCAGGAUGUGAUCUCGGGCUGAAAUGGCUGCAAAGGUUGGAGCAGGAAGAGAAACUUCUUUUGAACCAAGAAGAUAACGAAUAUGCAUCUGCAUAAGUUUACACUUAUAUCUCUCCUGCUCUGUGGAGUGAAAUCAUUAAACAUCUUAUUGUGCAAUUUCUGCUAGAAAGAUAUAUGUUUAUAGAAAUAUGCUAGAAUUGAGAUCCGAGAGAUAAGAACCAAACACAUGAAGUCAUCGAAUCUCCCAUCAUCUUGAGAAAAUUGAUGGCCGUUCUUCAAAUUUGGAAGAGAAGCUGUUUUCACAUA